AUGCAAGUUUGAUUCACAAAGGAGCUACCGUUAUACUUCCGACAAAUUGGUUUCCCGUGUCCAGCUAAUGAAAAUCCAGCAAUCUAUUAUUUGUCUCUUGCAACAAUUGACAGAGAGACUACAGAUCGUUACCGCGAAACACAGGAGCAAGCAUUGAAACUGGUUGAUCUCUUCAAAGCCGGUAUUGAUGUCGAAGCAUCUCAGCCGACCAUCGAAGCUGCUCGGCCAGUCCCACAACAGCAGCCUUUGUGUUUUAAUGGGCGUCCACCUUGCUGCUACAAAUUUCUCGUCUUGUUAAGUUUAGUGUUCACCUUCACCUUAUUUUCGGAAUCAUUGUUCGAAGCGAACUUUUUUAAAGCCUUGGCUUGA